UCGCUCUCCUCAUCUGCGCAUGUCACUGUUGCAAUGGAAGAGACGCGUUUGCUGAGUGUGUUAGAUUACGAGGAGUACGCGAGGGGGAGGCUUGGUCCCGUGGAGGCGUAUUUCAACUCUGGGUGUCACCUGGAACAAACACUCAAGGACAAUGUGUCAGCUUAUUCAAGAUACCGGUUUCGUCCCCGCGUGCUGAAGGAUGUAUCCAAGAGGGACAUGUCCACUACAGUGCUGGGCAGCCCGGUCAGCUGUCCAGUAGGCGUGGCACCAAUGUCCAUGUGCCGGAUGGCCCAUCUGGAUGGGGAGAUGGGAAUAGCUAAAGCAUGUGAGCGACACAGGGUCCCCUUUGGCCUCUCCACCCUCUCAACCGUCGGGAUCGAGGAAAUUGGAACCGGAGCUCCCAACAGCGUCAGGUGGUUCCAACUGUACAUAUUCAAGGAGCGUCGCCUGACAGAAACUCUGGUGCAGAGAGCAGAGGCGGCUGGGUUCUCUGCCCUUGUUCUGACGGUAGACGCGCCGGUCGGCGGCAGACGGCUAGCUACAGCGAGAGAAGGAUUCACAGUACCGGGUCAUAUCAGGUUACCGAACAUCGACGCUUCGAAAUCUCUGACAACUGAUGUUGCCAAUAUGCCCUAUAUGGAAUUUGUUGCAAAGCAGCUGGACCCGUCGGUGACGUGGGAUGACGUGAGAUGGCUGCAGAACUUCACUCGAUUGCCCCUUAUUGUGAAGGGUAUUCAUACUGCUGAAGACGCGAGGGAGGCGGUAUCUCACGGUGUGUCGGCUAUCUGGGUGUCGAAUCACGGCGGGCGACAGUUAGACGGUGUACCGGCCUCGUUAGACGUUCUCGCGGAGGUCGUGGACGCUGUCGGUGGUCGUUGUGAAGUGUACUUGGACGGCGGCGUCAGGAGCGGAUUUGACGUCAUCAAGGCGGUGGCAAUUGGCGCCAGGGCUGUGUUUAUUGGCAGACCAGCAUUGUGGGGUCUGGUGCACAAGGGUACAGAGGGCGUUGUUAAUCUCCUGCAGCUGGUAAAGGAUGAAGUGGACAACGCCAUGGCGCUCCUGGGCGUAACUACCCUGAGCGAAGUGAAUCGAAAUCACGUGAUACACAAGUCCUUCCUUCCAAGGCUGUGAUCUGUAUCAGCGCUCGAGUGUGCGUGCGUGCGUGCGUGGGUGUGUGCGUGUGUGCGUGUGUGCAUGCGGGGAGCAUUGUAUUCUGCGCGCGCGCUCUUUUAGCGAUGCGGUGAAACUGCAAAAUUUCACCACCUCGAAUACUUCUCCACAGGAUUUCAAGUACAAUGCAUGACUGUGCAUACUUCGUAAUAAUAAGACGUAAUGGCAACGUAUUAUAAGAUGUCCUCGUCAUGGUACUUCUCUGGGAUUUCGUGAUGUGAGGUUUACAGUCGAGAGAUAAGUGAACCUCCAUGGAGGCAGCAUUGUGACCAUCUCGUGUUAUUCCGGGCCAUGCCGAAGAGCGACUCGUACCCUUCUCAUGAUCAUUGGGAAGCAACUCAGGGCAAAUUAGCAGACGUGAAAGAAUUGUCAACUCGUUUGAUUCAUUUGUGUAAUGAUUAACAGAUAUUUCCUCAAUAUACCAUAUGAUUGCAGAUGCUGUUUAAAACGUAUAGAUUUUUGAUUUAAUGAUCAAGGAUUAUUCCUGAGGUAUACUCGUUAGGAUGAGAAAGCCACAAUAACUCGGUGCGCCUGGUGGCUGCAAGAGUUGCAUACUCCCCAGGAGUUGAGAUUGAUACUAAGAUGUGCCGUUGAGAUUGUCAACCAAUGAUCGAGGGGAAAAAUGCCAGCGCCUUGAGCAUGCACUAGUUGCCUGGAUAUGUGCGCUAUAUAAAAUAUCCUAUCCUAUAAUAAUAGUUGACGUCAUAGCACAUUCUGAUUAUAUUAUAUUUAGAGUAUUAUUCAAUGAGUAGAUUAUUCAAUGUAUAUUUUAUCUACAUACUCCUGCAUUUAUGUUUCCGGUUACACUCCAUGAACAAAAAAUAAACUAUUUGUGCAAUAA